UGACAACGACAAGAGCGGACUUUGAUGAAACCUGUGGGGGGCUUUAACUAGCAUCAUAUCAACGACUUAACCCUCCCAUUUUCUUCUUCCGAUCAUGAUUUACGUCAACGGGCUUCAAUUUUUGCCGGAUUCAUCCUCCGGCCAUGACAUGGUAAUUGCUUUACUGGAUCACCCUGAUUUGGUAUCUGCCUCGCGUUUGUUCUGUGCAAUACCCGAAAGGAAGUUCUCAUCCUCCGUUGAAGCUAAAUGUGUGUAUCUAUUUCAAAGAGAAUAUGCUACUGUAAACCCUGCACUUGUGGAGAUAGUUGGCACUGAUGAAGCAACAACAUGUGUCGGCAUGGUUAUUAGAAAUUGCAGAACGGGGAUGACAUGUGUUGCCCAUUUGGAUUCUCCGGAUGUUGUUGUUGUCGGUCUCUUCCAGAUGAUGUCUUUAGUUUCAGAUCGUGACGAUGAUGAUCUUUUGGAUGUUCACAUAGUUGGCGCGUUUGAAGAUUCUGAUCCACAUGGAGAGUGUGAGGAAGGUUAUUCUUUACCGUUGUGCAUAAAAAUAGUAGAAAAAUUAGCAGAGAGCAGAUACAAGUUUGAAAUUAAAAAUUUUCAAGUGCUUAAACAUAACACAAGACGGGACUCUGAGGGAAUAGCAUAUCCGAUCUUCCAUGGGCUCGCGGUAGAGACGUCUCGCGGUUCAGUAAUUCCAGCCAGUUUUGAUGCAAGUACUAGAGGUCCUGAUGACAUCAUCAGGAGAAUACGGUUAAAUGCUUCAUUUGAGGACCCUAGACGCGCUGGGCGGUUACUAGACACAUACGAAACUCAUACCGACCGAUUUGUGAUCACACCGUUUUCUUGGAGCGAGCGGCUGGUAAAUUUUGCUCGUAUAAUGAGAUACCGAUCGGAUCCGGAGAUUCUCUUUUCUACGUCAACAUCGCCAUAUGCUGAGGGCUCUGAUUAUGUUAAAAAUCAGAAAAGGGUAUGGGAUUACUUAAUUCGACAUCCAAAUUGGAAACAAGUCUUUCCUUCGAAGUUGGCACGCAUUUUUGAGAGGGUUGGAAACACGAGUUGGGUAAUGAUCUCCGAAACAUAGUUGUUUACACACACGGGCCCUUCAACUUGCACAUAAUUUUAUUAUUAAUGAUUUGGAGUAUGCAACGAUCGGAUGUAGAACUAAAAUUUGUAAAAUAGUAUGAAUUUGUCGUCGAUGCAUUUGGUUGAAAAGUUAUCAUGUUUGAUUUGUAA